AUGGCUUUUCAAUUGGGAAUUAUUUCUUUUGUUUACCUUGCUGUUUGGAUUCCAUUAUCAAUAGCUCAACUUGGACAAAUCUAUAUUGAUUCAACUUUUCUUCUUAUACAAUCAGAUACUUUUAAUUUUCUUGUUUAUAUUGUACCUCUUGUUUUACCUAUGGUUUGUCUUAUGUCAAUGCCUGAACUUAUUAAAAAAUUGAAAACUCUCAUAUUCAGACAACAUCAUGGAAUUAUAAUACCUUUCAAUAAUCAAUCGGUUCAACAGAAUAAUAAAAUUUAUCCAUUAAGAAUGAUUCCUAUUGAACAAUAUUGA